AUGGCUAUGCAUGAUAUGAAUCGUGCCAAGGGUUUUCCUUGCAAAGAAUGCGACACGAUAUGCCCGAGUACACCUAGCCUUCUGGAGCAUAUGAAAGCCCACUAUCACCAAGAAGCGAUUGGCAGAUUUGAAUGUGAACAGUGUGGACGUUUUUUCAAGCAUGCCAGUAGUUUGGCGUCGCACAAAAAGUCCCACGAGCUUGGCUCUUACCAGUGCCCAGUGUGUACCAGAACACUACCAAAUGCUUUAGCUUUGAAGAACCACCUCCGAAUUCAUACUCUGUCUCCUAGUGCGCACGCUGAAGAGGAGAAUGAGGAUGGUGUUGAAGAUAGGGAUUAUGGCUUAGCACAAGAUCUUUCUGACGCAGGUUACCGAGGCCACCUGAGCAGCGGCAGCGGCAUGAUGACGGGCCAUGACCACGACAAGCAGAAAUCGCCAGGGUCCGACGAUGCUUGGGACAGACCGUUCAAGUGUGACCAGUGUGACAGGACCUACCGGCACCACGGCAGCUUGGUCAACCACAAGAAGUCGCAUCAAGAAGGCACUUACAAGUGUACCCUCUGUUACAAGCAGUUCAACAACCUGGCAGCGCUAGGUGCCCACGAGCGCACCCAUUCCAAGUUCAAACCUCCCGGCAUGUCCAUGGGAAGCCUCGUUCCAGAGGCGUCCUCCCAACCUCGCCCCCCUGCCCUUCAGACGGACGACAUGGCGGCUUGUUAUUGCCACCUGUGCCAAGUUUCCUUGCCCAGUAAGACUGACUUUCAGGAGCACAUUCUGUUACAUAACGCUGCGUCGUCGUCGUUGGGGUUGACCCGUAGUUUCCCGGGGAUAGUGCCACACAAUCUCGGCACUGUCCGUACGCCCACGAUCAAUCCCUACACCCCUACUCUAGGCGACCCCCUUCCCCUUCCUUUACCUGACAAACGUUACGACCAGAUGCUAGGUCCUCCCCUAAACACUCCCAUUUAUACCUGCGCGUACUGCGGGUCUGGACACACUGACGUGGAGAGUCUCAAACUUCACUAUUUGACCCAUGAAACUCAGCCCUCGACACACUCUCAAGAAGGCCCGUCUAUUCUAAACUCAGAGGGUUUAGGUUCCAAUCCCCAGCCGUCUGUAUCCUCGCCCGGUGGGGAGUCCCGUGGCCAGCAGCAGUCUUCAUCCAUCGAUGAUGCUGAUGCUGACCGCAGGUUCAAGUGUCAAGAAUGCGGUAAAAGUUAUCGGCAUGCCGGUAGUCUGGUCAAUCACAAGCGCUGCCACCAGACAGGCCAGUACCAGUGCACUAUUUGUUGUAAAGAGUACCCGCACCUUGCAGCACUCCAGAGUCACCUACGCAGUCACAAAACCCGCCCAAAUUCUCAAGGUAUGAACUCGGAAGGUGAUUGGCUCUCAUCCGAGCCCAUGACAGGUCUAGAAUCCCAACAAAGCUUUGUGCAUUCCCAAGAUCAAGAGAACGGCACGUCGACGCCCAUCUCCCUCACUGGUAACCUCGGCGACGCCGGCCACUUCGUUUCGGACGGCGGUCACAGCGGCGGUCUCGAUUCGCUAGAGUUCCACGACCGGUUUGACACCUCGCUGGCGCAGGGGAACUCCGGCCAUUCCCCUCUUCCGCAGAACAGUCGGCAGACGGACAGACACAUGUGCGCUCAACAGGGCAGCAUGUCCAACGGCUACAUGGCUAACAUGGGAUUUCAGAGCUCGAGCGGUGCGUCUUUACCAGCCAGCAGCGCCAGCCACAAAGAGAGCAACAGGCAGCGGCGAGGGCAAGACCAGUACGGAGGGAACCAGGGAGGCCAGGCUAAGAGAAUGGACAACAAAGAUGAAGACGAAGUCUACCAGUGCACGGUCUGCGGGAACCAUUACGCGAGUCUCCGAGCUCUUCGUAGCCACUUGCGCAGCCACGAGUCCAACCAAAGCGCCGGGCCCUCCGGAUCUUCCCUCACGCCCUUAGGUGAGCAAGAGUGGAGGAGGAGGCAAGAAGGUAGUCAAGCCAACCUGCUGGUUUGUAGUGUGUGUGGCCAGACUUUCAGUAGAAAGCAGGACCUUCUUAACCACCAGCUGGUCCACGGACCUCCUCGACCGGGUGGCUCUGGUCAGGGCUUGGGGGGCGGCAGCUCUAGUGCUAAUGGCAAAGUGGAUGGAAGGAACCACAUUUGCGUUGACUGUGGCAUGUUCUUUGCAGAUCGCCAUCACCUGAUCACUCACCUGUGCCCAGGCAAGGCGAGAGGCAGCAAAGACUUGAACGGAGCUAAAGGGAUGAGCGGCGGCGCCGGGACCAGUGGCGGCGCCGCGGGUCAUCGGCAAAUGGCCGGCUCCGAAGAACGGCCGCACAAGUGCGACCAGUGCGGGAGAGGUUACAGGCACCCGUGCUCCCUCCUGAACCACAAGAAAUCACACAAGACCGGGGUCUUCCGCUGCCUGGUGUGCCAAAAACGCUACUACAACCUGCUGGCCCUCAAGAACCACCAGAGGACUCAUUUUGACUUAAAGAGGCACAAGUGCGAGGAGUGCGGCAAAGCCUUCAAGAUCCAGAAGCAGCUGAUCAAUCACCUCCGUCUGCACGAAGAGCACCGGGCCAAGACCGGGAUCCGCGGCCCAGACCAGCACCAGCGAAUCCAAAACAUGAACCAGCACAACGGCGCCCGUUAUGAAGGAGGACCCUCCCAGAUGCAGCAGAUGCGCAUGGGAGACCCGAAAAUGCAAAACCCUCCCCAGAUGAUGGCCAACUACGGCCAGCCUCAAGGGUACAAGAAGCCGUACGCGGACGCCAGGUCCCAGCAGGUGGACGACGGGAGCGGGCGCCGGCCUUUCGCCUGCGACCAGUGCGGGCGCACCUACCGCCACGCCGGCAGUCUGGCCAAUCACAAGAAUCUGCACAAGAUCGGCGAGUACCACUGCAACGUCUGCAACUCCACCUACCCCAACCGCCUGGCCAUGAAGAACCACCUGCGGAUGCAUUUCGCCCUCAAGAAGUACUCCUGCCAGGAAUGCGGCCGAGGCUUCAGGAACCCGAGGCAGCUCGAGACUCACACCGCCAACCAGCUCUGCAAGGACAUGCCGGGUCCCAGCGUGCCGCCUCAGAUGCAGCCUCCUCCUCCUCUGGGGUACGAGUGCAACGGAUGCUCGGAAGGUUUCCGAACCGCGUCCGAACUGGCCUCCCACAGCUGCGGCGCCCAGAUCCCGUCCUCCUCCGGCUCCCUGAGCAGCUCCGGUCUGAACCUGGACUCCAGCGAUCUGGGCUCCCCCGAGCGUGAGGAGCGACCCUUCGCCUGCGACCUGUGCGGCUGCUCGUACAAGCACGCCAGCAGCCUGCUGAACCACAAGAACACGCACAAGACCGGCAACUUCAGCUGCUCCUACUGCGACAAGCCCUACACCAACUACAUGGCCCUGCGCAACCACAUGCGCAUCCACACGCAGAAGAAGCGGCACAUCUGCACCACCUGCGGGAAGGCCUUCCGACUGGCCCGCUUCCUGCGCAAUCACCAGAGGGUCCACGAGGAGGGGCACGCCCGCUUCGCCUGCCCCACCUGCGGGAAGAGCUUCCAGGGCCGCUCCGGACUGGCCAGGCACCGCUGCGGGGACAACCAGGUAGGCAACGAGUACGGGAGGAAGGCCGUUUCCAGCACCUCGGCGGAGGGGGCGGAGGAGUGCCGGUUCACAUGUGAGCAGUGUGGGCGCUCCUACCGCCACGCCAGCUCCCUCCUGAACCACAAGAACACCCACACCGUCGGCAUCUACCACUGCGCCGUGUGCCUCAAGACCUACUCCAACCUGCUCGCUCUGAAAAACCACCGUCGCAUUCACUCGGAGACGCGCCGCCACCGCUGCCCCGAGUGCGGCAAGGCCUUCCGCGUCUCCUCCCAGCUCCAGAACCAUCGCCGGAUCCACCAGGACGGCCGGGAGUUCUCCUGCACCCAGUGCCAGCGCAGCUUCCCCAGCCAGACCAGCUUCCGCCUGCACCUUCAGAUGCAACACGGCCGCUCGCACAAACCGGCGCAUUACCAGCAUCGGAACCCCGACGGCUCGUCCGGGGCGUCCGACCUGGGCUGGAACUCCGGCCUGGACCUCACCCUCAUGCAGGCGUGCCACCAGAACCCCCCGCCGAGGGAGCGCGGCCCUUCGUCCAAAUCUCACGUCUGCGAUCAGUGCGGCCGAGGGUACCGGCACGCCAGCUCGCUGCUGAACCACAAGAACAGCCACAAAUCCGGCGCCUACUACUGCGCCCCCUGCCAGAAGGAGUUCACCAACCUGAUGGCCUACAAGAAUCACCGGCGCAUUCACACCGAGCCCAAGCGCUACCAGUGCCCCGACUGCGGCAAAUCCUUCCGCGUGUCCACGCAGCUGGUGUGCCACCGGCGCAUUCACACCAAGGAGAAACCCUUCUCCUGCCAGCAGUGCGACAAACGCUUCUCCAGCAAAUCCAACCUCAGACAUCACCAAAAAGUCCACUGGUCCCAGAACAGCAGCAGCAGCGCCCCCAUGGGUACCUCCAGUUUCCUAUCCAUGCCCUCUGGAUCUUUUAUAUAGAACUACUGACUCGGGGGGGCAGAAGGACUCUGAGGGUUCUGGAGGUGCCAAAAGUGGGGAUGAUUUUUACUGGUAUUUAUUUUGACAGCAGAGCAGGUUGUAGUUUAGGUUUUAGGACGGAACCGUUACUCGUUACCCCCCUCAAACACCCCAAAAAUGUUCCACCAAACUGAUGCAUCACACAAACACUCACGGGGGCGUUCGUACCUCUAAUGAAGUGUUGAUCCAGGAACCGUGCGUGUCGGUUCAGGAACUGUAUUUACGCCCACCCCGACCACACACACACACACACACACACACACACACACACACACACACCUCCAGCGUUCAGCACCAGUGUUUCUCUGUACCAGGAUUCACUCAGUAAGGAAUCGGACCCCCCGUGUAUAAAGCCGUUGUAGGAUGGAUGUUUGUGUAGGAUUUAGAUCGGACUGUAUUAUAGAUCAGACUCGUUCUUCUUUUACUCCUCCGUCUGAUCUUCACGUCUUUCUAACGUGUGUGUGUGACCAGAUUCAAACCGUAUUAUUAAUAAUCUUAAUUAUUACGAUGAUGAUGAUGAUGAUGGACUCGCGGUUUCUGUUCUGUUUCAUUGUAAUAAAAAAAAAAAGUUUGUUUUUUAUGGAAAAAAAAAAGAGGGAACAGCGAGAGAGAACAGCGGCACGCACGUCUGAUGAGCUGCUGAUCAGAACCCCAGAGGAAGAAGGAAAAGGGAACUGUGCAUGACUGAGCGUGUUCUGGAGCGUGUUCUGGAGCGUGUUCUGGAGCGUGUUCUGGAGCGUGUUCUGGAUGGUUUUGGUUGAACCGUGUUUUGGUCUCGUAGUUCUGACUGUAUUAUUUACAGAAACAGCUUUUUUAUACCAACCUCACUGUAGUACGCUUUUUUUAUUUAUAUUAACCCGCUAGUUUUAGGGACCCCCCCGCUCCACACGCCUCCUUUUAUCCUUCUGUUAUUUCUUUGUAUUUUAUCCCCGUGCGGACGGAGCGGAGGAGGUCGGGACUCCUAAAGAGCCGAGUCCGGCUCGCUGUAGUGACUGUACCUGCAGUUCUGUUUGGGUUUUAUGUCUUUAAUAAUGCGUGUCUCGAAUCGAUUCCCCCUCGUUCCCUUGUACCAUAGAUGGGGGGGGGGGGGGUGUAUAGACCUCACUGUAUUGUUACUCCGUCCUCGUGACAGUCGUCUCCCAAAAAAAAAAAAAAAAAGAUCUCUGUGCCUAUUUCACUUUUAAGGGACAAUUUUUGUAAACAAUCACUUCAACAAUCUUUUAUUUCUUUAUUUUUUGAUUCCCUUGUAUUUAUUAGUGGGAUUAUUUUUAUUUAAAGACAUUUCAUCCUUUAUGAGCAGUACGUGCUGAGUUACUCAGUCCUGAUAUCAAAUAACAGAGCACAGUUACUGUGUGUGUAUAGAAAUAUAUGUUCUAUAACCUGAAAUAUAACACAUCUAGGUGCAGUUGAUUCCUUCAUUGACUGACUGAUUGGUUCACUGAUUGGUUGGGAUGAGAUUCGCCCUGAGCGAGCGUUAGAUUUACGUUUCUGUGUUUAACCGUGAGCGUUUUCAUUUCUGUUGGUGCGUUUCUCUCUGUACUGCUGAAUAUAAACCUUUUUUUAAUCUACAUUUUUGAUAAUUCAUUUCCUAACAGAAACUGGUUUGGAUUAUAACCGUAACGCUCUGAAGUAAUAAAGAUAACUAGCUGACACGAACCCCCCCGAGCGCAGGAUCUGCUGCGUAUCUGUGUGUGUGUGAUCAGAACCACCUCUAAUAUAGAUCACAGAUUAAAGGUGCUCAAUUUUA